AUGUCACGGCCCUUGCCGGAAGAAAUAUGGGUUGCGAUCCUCUCUUUCAUGCCCGACUUCGACUGCCUCAGGAGUGCAGCUCUUGUAUCUCCCACACACCUCCGCUGCGCUCCUUCGGCAUGUCGGCAGGUGCUCCUGAACGAAAUCGGUCACCGUACACUGCCAGACGCUAUAGCGGCACUUGAGUCAUCCAAGUUUGACCCGAGAGACCAGAAUCUGGUUGUCAACUUCAGUGACGGAUACCUCAGGAGGCGAGCCCCCAUUCCUCCGACGAUCAGCUUGUCAGAUGGCGCUGCCCUGUCGGAACUACACAAGUGUGUCAGCCACUUGGGAUCAAAGUUCCAAGGCCUUGCGCUGCAACGCCUAGUCAAGGAGCAACGCGGUCUCGCCAACGACCGGCCUGACUGGCCAGAGGCGCCCAUCACGGCCGAGGAGCCUUCGGCUGCCGAAGCGGCCCGAUUUCAAAGAGCCCUGUACCGUUUUGAGAUUUACUGCAAGUUGUUUAAAGACCCGGAAGUUGUGCGAUUCAACUUGGACGCGGUCAACUUCCAAAGAGCACACUUCUUUGACUGUUUGUCACCUUGGGAAAUCGAACAACUAGUUGCCAUUAGGGACCUCCUUGCGGCGGCUGUCAUCGGUCCUCCUUUACGUGCUCUCGUGGAAUUGCGAAAGCUUGAAGCCCUUCAGACGCACCACUGUGGCCCACGAAACGGAGCUCAAGUGGUGUACUGGACGGCUCCGAUUCUUCCUCCCAACUUGGAGCGCAACGACUGUCACAUCAACCAGAACCAAGCGCGACUAUUGUGCUUUGGAGUCAAGUUCCUCUACAAAGUGUCUACCUCGCCGGCCACACAAUUCUACCAGCUCCUCCGAGACCUCCCGCAGCAGUCGCGUUACGCCAGCUACAACCGGGUGGGUGAGAUCUACUCUUGGUUUACCGACGCAGUCGAUGAGUGUGUCGAGUUGAGCAAUUUGGAACUCCCCUUCCAAAAAGCUCUUUCGUCUUAUACGGAGGACGAGUAUAAGGAAUACGUGCGAGAGUCCUUGGUCACCGAUGAUAUCGACAAGGGGCCUGAAGAAGCGUGGUAUUGGGCAUAUCAAUCAUUCCCCGGCUCAACCUGCAACGACCUACGAAUGACCAACUGCCGACUCUUUGGCUUGUUCUUCUGGGAUUUGAGCCGCCUCAAGACCAUCAACUUUUUCACGCGCGUCGACUUUUGGUGGUGGAGGUGGGAGGGAGGCCGGCAACCGGACUUUGACUGGGAAGUCGGUGCACCAUACCCUCCAGCAUUCUUUUGA